AUGGGCUUCUUCCGCCGCUUGUUUGCCUUCUUGGAAGAAGGUCCACACCAUGCCUCGUCCAAGGGCAAGCCAAGCCGAAGCCUCGUGAAGGCCGCUGUCGCCCUCAACAAGAUGGGUCGUAAGCCAUCUUCCAACAGCUUCCGAGGAGAGAAAGUGGCUUCCAACAGCCUUGUGACUACUCGAUGCCAAGCUGCCGCAUGCGAAAGUAGCUCUAAAUCUAUCUCACAUCACUCUGCGACUGCCGCAGCCCAAGAUGAAAGUCAGCUUUGCGUCUUGAACGAUGCGAUCGACUUUGAGCCCGAGAAGCAGCUCGCUAUUAGUAUUCAGAGAUGCAGAGUCCCGUCCACAAUGAGCCCUCGCUCCUCCAUUGAGUCCAUAAGCCCUGUCAAGGAGGGUCUACGUUCUUCAUCAUUGAGGUCAAACACAACGACGUCACCCUUCAGCGCCAAGAGCUCGAACAAAGAAAGCUUUCCCGCUCAUCGAAGCAUCUCUAGCUUAGAGCCUUUCCCGCUGCUUGGUGCAGGCUCUCGUCGCACAGUCAAGAGCAAGCAGAAGGUUUCUGGCCUUUCCGAUCUUUACCAGAGUCAGGCAUCUCCCCCUAUCGAGCCUCCUAUUACCAAGCUAGAGAGACGACGAGUCCGACAAGUUUCGGUCUCUCAUGUAUCAACAUUCAGCUCAAGCUCCCUUGGUAAACUAUGUGGCCUGGACGAAAACGUCUUUGUCAGAUUCCCGUCUUUCGAGCAGGCCGGGGUGAAGCAGCUCGAUGAACUCCUCGAGCAUGAGAGCCGCUUUGCUAAGUACCUUGAAGAGGAUGAAGAUGGCGAUGAGUGGGGCAUCCAGUGCGGUGGCAUCGACGAAGCUGCGGUCUCGUCGAAGAGACACCCCAACAUCGUCGACUACGAGAAGUACAUCGACGACAGUGUGAUUCAACAGAUCUAUGAAGAUAUUCCCGAGGCCGAGAACGCAGAUUUCAAGACUGCCACAAAGUCGGCUCGCAACUUGAGAUUUGGCAACUACACCACCGGCAAGUACGUGAAGAUCAAGUCGGAGCAAGAUGACGGCGCGUCGAAGCCGCGGAAGCCGGGCAAGUGGAUUGCUGGUCUCCUCCGCAAGGCCGUCAGUCUCUUCUUUCCCAAAACUGCCUAG